UUAAAAUAGCAAAUUAACAGAUAAUAUAAAUUGAGCAUGUGUAAAUUUUAUGAACUUACCAUUGCCAAACAUAAGUUUAUAAUAGCUACACUCCUCUUGAGAAAUAGAUACUGGUACAUUUGUCGUACUUGGAAGUAGUUCUCUGGGAGUUACUGCAAUAUGAAGUAGGUUAUCGCGCCGCCAUUUUCCUGCAAGCGCACCGGCCUAAAAUUUUGGCACGGGACGUUCGAACAUUCAAAAAAAUAAAUAUUUCUUCCUAUAAUUUAAAAAAGAAGUUUUUAUAAUAUACACAAAAUAUUGGAAAUUUUAUAACGUAUAAAUCAAGAAUAUAAUAACAAUUUUUAAUUUUGAAUAUUCGAUUGCGCAAAUGUAAACGCAACUCACCCCUGUAUUCAUCACUGUGACUGCGGAAAUGAAUUUAUUUACAAAUGGCGACCUUUUGGAUUUAUUACAAAACAAUUCGGAUCAAAUAGAAAUUUUCGAAAAAUAUAAAGAUGACUGACAAUAUAGAAGAAUCCAAAUAUACUGAAGAAUCCAAAAAAACAUCAUUAAAAAAAUCUGCAGAAAAAUUAACAGAAGAAAUACAAAGUAUGGCUAAUUAUAAAAGUCUUUAUACUGAAAUUCAGAAACUCGUUGCUUCUACUGCAGUAAAAAGAGAAGAUUUUAAAAAUACGUUAUUAGACGCAUUAAAAAGUAAUGGUUUAGAAACAGAAAUUAGAAAUACGGUAUUUCAUUGGGUCAGAUCGCAAGGUUCUUUAUCUACUGCAUCAGAAUCAACCACAAACGAAGUGGAUUUAACUUAUUUAAAAAAAGCUCAAAUUCAAUGGGAGCGUAGAAUACAAAAAUCUUUAAAUUCAACAUGCAAUGAAUUAAAUGUGCCAUUGGCACGCAUAAGACCAAAUGCAGAUCGCGAAGAACUUGCUGAAAAAUGGAAUGAAUUAAGCACUUAUGAUAUCGAUUUAUCACAAUAUAGACCUCUUUACGCCCCAAAAGACUUCCUGGAUGUGCUAUUUUCUAUUCGAAAUCCUUUCUUUAAAAAACAGCCAGAUGAAUUGAAUUGGGAAUUCAGCCACAUAGAAAUUCGCGUAAAAACACUCAUGCAACUGAGAUGUUUGUAUGUGGAAUUGGCAAAAGGUAUGCCAUUAUUAGGAGUGAAUCCCGAUAUGCCAAGUUCAGAAAAUUUUGCAAAUCUAGAAGAAGAGAGAAUUUAUAUCGGUGAAAAAAUACUGAAAUCGAAUCAUGCUCCAAUUGCACAAGAAUUUUUAAAGCGCGGAGCACCUCGAGCUCUUCGUGGUCGUCUGUGGUCUCUUGUAUUGGGAUCUGCAGUAAAACAGAAUGACUCUGAAUAUUAUGAAGAAUUAAAAAAUAUGGUGUUACAAUAUGAUAUUGUUAUAGAUAAACUAAUAAUAAAGGAUGUGCAACUGACAGCCAGAAAUGAUGAUCAAUAUUUUGUAUUUGAAGAUGUUUUAUAUAAAACAAUGUUAUGUUUUUCUCGUGAUUCGGAAGUAUUAGCACCUGUUACAACUGAUAGAAGUGCUGGAGGUCAAGUAAUACAUGCUGUUUUACAAGGAAAACCAGCCACUUUAGAAAAUACUCUAGUUUUUCCACCAAGUGGUGUGAUUCCAUUUCAUGGCUUUACGAUGUAUGCUACACCGUUUUGUUACUUAUAUGACGAUCCAUGUGCAAUGUAUUACACAUUUCGAGCUUUUUAUUUGCGGUAUUGGUUUCGAUUGCACACCGUUUCUAGUCACGAACAAGGUAUUGUAGCAUUGUGUUUGCUCUUUGAGAGAUUACUACAGUGUCACGAACCUUUGCUUUGGAUUCACUUUAGAAACAUUCAUAUACAACCGAUUAGAAUUGUUUUUAAGUGGAUCAUGAGAGGUUUCAGUGGCCAUUUGCCACCAGAACAAUUGCUUUGUCUUUGGGAUCUAAUUUUAGGAUACGAUUCAUUAGAAAUUAUCCCUUUACUUGCCGUCACUAUAUUAAGUUUUCGAAAGGAAAAUUUGAUGCAAGUCAAUAAUCAACAAAGUGUAGAGGCUGUUUUGGCAGAUUUAUCUUCUUUAAAGGUUGUUCCAUUAUUGCAAUUGGCUUUAUUAAGAGAAUAAUAUAAAAU